CGCGUUCCCUUUCACUCACGCGGCACUUCCUGAUACUGGGCUGAGCCAGAUUGUUUUACGCAAGGGCACAUUUGCCCUCAAAACAAGCCAAACAAAGAUCUUUCAAAGUUUCUUCCAUGUUCCUACCCGAGCAGUCGAAGAAGCGACGUUUUUAAACACAGCGUAACCCUGGCAAACAAAAUGGACUACUGGGUGCAGAAAGGGAAAUUUUAUGUUGGGACAUUUCAUUGUGUGCAUAUUCAUCAGAGGACUUCCUGUGACAGACUCAAACACAGAGGAAGUGCUAUUCUUUAUAGGCCAGUGUGUGCACUGAGGACAGAUCUGUUUUGACUGCGAGUACCUUGGAGGUGUAUAAGGAGAUGCUACUGCUGUACGCAGAAGAGGCUCGGCAGUAUGUCAACUCUCAGUGUGCUGCUCUUGAACCAUGGCAGAUCAUCGUAAUCACAUUGCUGUCCACGCUCGGUUUAGUGUGGUUAAAGGGCUUCCUUUUCCAGCAGGAGAGUCUGACGUCAAGAGCAAAGAAGCAGUUCUUUAAAAUCAUCAGAAAAAUCCCGUUUAUAGGAGCGUCGAUUCAGAGUCAGCUCAACAAAGCAUUGGAUGACAUGUCAUUUAGUCUUUGCACGCUGAAGGAAGGCAUGGGCUACACCAAACUGCUCCCAGCACAAGGCCUCACCCAUAAACAGCUCCUUGACAAGAUCAAGGAAUAUGAGACAUUGGGUGAGGUAGACUGGGGGAAAGGAAAGGUGUCAGGUGCAGUCUACUGGGGAGAUGAGAAGCUCACAGAUCUUCUUGUGAAGGUCUAUGGUGAAUUUGCCUGGACCAACCCACUUCACCCAGAUAUAUUCCCUGGGGUUAGGAAAAUGGAGGCGGAGGUGGUACGGAUGACAUGUGCUCUCUUUAACGGAGGACCAGACUCAUGUGGCACAGUUACUUCGGGUGGAACCGAAAGCAUCCUCAUGGCAUGCAAGGCGUACAGAGACAUGGCCCAUGAACGCGGGAUCAAACACCCAGAAAUUAUUGCACCGGUGAGUGUCCAUGCUGCAUUUGACAAAGCUGCACAUUACUUCGGGAUGAAGCUUAUUCACGUACCUCUGGACAAGAAGACCAUGAAAGUUGAUGUGAAGGCCAUGAAGAGGGCUAUCUCCAAAAACACUGCAAUGCUGGUGUGUUCAGCUCCCCAGUUCCCCCAUGGAAUUAUAGAUCCUGUAGAAGAAGUGGCGAAGCUGGCAGUAAAAUACAACAUCCCAUUUCACGUGGAUGCUUGCUUGGGUGGGUUCCUAAUAGUAUUUAUGAAGAAGGCUGGUUUCAAACUUGAUCCUUUUGAUUUCCGGGUCAAAGGUGUGACCAGUAUCUCAGCUGAUACACACAAGUAUGGAUAUGCCCCGAAAGGCUCUUCAGUGAUUCUGUACAGUGACAAGAAAUAUCGCCACUACCAGUAUUUUGUAGCACCCGAUUGGCAGGGAGGAAUUUACGCAUCUCCUUCAAUGGCUGGCUCACGCCCAGGAGGCAUCAUUGCCGCUUGUUGGGCUACCAUGAUGCACAUGGGUGAGAAAGGAUACGUGGAGGCUACCAAGAAAGUUGUUGAAACAGCCCGAAAAAUCAAAGCAGGCAUUCGUAAAGUAGAGGGGGUGUUUGUGUUUGGGGAUCCAGAAGUCUCUGUGGUGGCACUGGGCUCAAAUGUCUUUGAUAUUUUCCGCUUAUCUAAUGCAUUGACCUCAAAUGGCUGGAAUCUCAACACUCUGCAGUUCCCAUCUAGCAUACAUAUUUGUGUAACAAUGCUACAUACACAGUCUGGUGUAGCGGAGCAGUUCAUCAGUGAUGUAAAGAAAGAAGUAGCUAUUAUAAUGAAAAAUCCACAAGAGAAGACCACAGGAAUGGGAGCCAUCUAUGGUAUGGCCCAGUCCAUCCCUGACCGGUCGAUGGUGACUGAAGUCUCGCAAGGCUUUUUGGACUGCCUCUAUAGCACUGAAGUGCCCAAGAUACAAAACAAGCACCACAAAAACCAUAAGAACCACAUGAAUGGCAACUCUAAAGUGCACUGAGAUUGACUUUCAGGGUCUCCACCCUUAGCUGGCUGAAGGGAUGCUCACCGCAAUCAUUUAAUCAUUCACUUUUUUUUAUUCAGUCUUCUAUUUACAACUAACUGGUAUAAGCCAUAGUCACGUGAUAUUCUGGGAUUUGUGACUGGGGGCCGACAGUGUCUUGUCUGUAGCACUAAAAAUUAGAGACGACUGCACAAUUAUCUGUGUGGGUCCGAGAAGGUUCUGGGUCUAAUUUUGGUGACCACCGAGUGCAGCUUUACAAUUAAUUUCUGAAUUCGCUCAGUUUUAUCACUUGUACUUGAUGACACUCCCAAUGUCCAUUUUAAAGCAUUUUCUGCCAUCUAAAACUCAAGAUUUUCAUGUGAAAAUUUCACAUGAGCUAUUUACUAACCAUAUUAACACUUUCCAGAAUCAUUGCAGAUUCGAAUAAAAUCUAGACAGUUAUCAACGGGGACCUUAAUAAAAGCAUAGCGGACCAUUUUAGUAUGGUAGUACUGCUCAGGGAAACCUGUAUUGCAAAUAUUUUACUUUUAUUUAUUUAUUUUUUAAUUCCCAAAAAAACAUCCUUUUGCACUUACAUUUUUAAGUUGAAACCACUUUAAUUAACAAGUAAUUUCUUAACUAGUGAGGUAUAAAUUAAAAAAAUAAAGUUGAAUGGGAUUAAGUUAUUACAACUUUAUUUUUAUAAUUUAUAGCAAUUUCUAACUAGUCAAUAAAGCUGAUUUGACUUAUUCAUUCAAGUUGUUUAAAAUUAAACAUUUAAGUGCAACAAGAAAUGUUUACAGUGCAUUUAAAUGUAAAAUCUCAAACAGCCAUCUUACAUUAGAAACAAUAUCUCACUCAUUUUAAUACACAUGUGGCAAAUGAUAUCAGGGCACAACAAAUCCAUCAACUAUUUGCCUCAGGGUGUAUAGUCUUACUGUACUUUCUUGUCCUUAACAAAUUCUUUUUAACAAUUACCUUUCACCUAUCUACCUCAGGUAUAGUUCAAACAAUUGAAUAAUUUCAUCAUUGAUUGCUUCCCCGAUUUCUUUAUCUCAGUCUUUACAAUUUUUUUUUUUGAUCAACAGUCAGUGCCAUUCUCCAGGUGACUGAUAAUGGUAGUCAAAGGUCCUCCUUUCCAUGAUUCAUGAGUUUCAUUUAAUGUUUGUGUAUUGUAUUUGUAUUUGCUUGGGAAAUUAGUUCCAGUUUAGAUCAAGUGAAUGAUAGCUCUGAAACAGCGAAAAGGGAAAAUAAUUUAUGCAUGAAGGUAGAGUCGGUGAUAUAAGCAAGCGAUGACAUGGUACCAUGUAAACAUCACACAAGGUCUUGUCAGCAAUGUAAUCCCUGUAGCACUCAUAAUAUUUGUGACCACUGUGUGUGUUUUUUAUAUUUUAAAUCACUAAUAUAAUGUCUAUUAUUUCAAUGUUUUUUUGCAGUUGAGUGUUUUAAUUUUUAUCCUAGAUACGUUUUUGACAUCUUUUGAAGGCUUUAGUGGAGUAGGGUGGUUUUCUUCAAUAUAAUACCACUGUACAGUGUAGUUUCAGAAACAGUACCAUGCCUUAGACUAAGACAUAGAUGUGGAUAGUUGUCCUCAGACAGUUGUAAUUUCAUGCAAUAAUUUUGUAAUUACUGUAACUACUGAAUCUAAGGCACCUUGAUCUCCUGAAAUUUUAAAGCAAAGCAUCGCAUGACAUCUAUGAUUAUAAAGCACAUAACUAACAGCAUUCACCUAAAUGCCUUUUACAGACAGCCAGGGUGUGUGCUAUUAGGAUAACACAGUAGCUACAACAGCCUCAGGGACUUGGCCUUUACCACAUCAUGCAAUCCAUUUCAAUAUUCAAUUUGUCCUAUGAUGUUUUUGUUGUUGUUCCUAUGUAAAUCAAUAAAGGUUUGCUUAAAAAUCAGAGAAA